AUCAGCUAGGGUUUCGGGGGCUGAUAUUCGGAAUAGCAUUCCAUUUCCAGCUUUUAGAAUUAGCGAUAGUCGAUUUGAAGUGCCCCAUAAUAGGGUUUUCAAACACUUGAUAUCAGUACAACGAGAUCUAUUAACGGUACAACCGCCAUGGACGUAGAUCACAAAGUUGAAGAUCAAGAAGAUCCAUUUCUGCAUUUCGUCGAUUACGCGAAAUCAGUGUUAUCGUCUGACGAAGACGAGUCAAACGGGCCGGGAUGGAGCUGGAUUGCAUAUCGGAUUCUCAGGACAUGCGUUGCUUAUUCGAGCGGAGUCACCUCUGCAAUCCUCCUCUCCGAUCUCUCUCAGGCCUGGAAUGAGCAGCAGAGAGUUGGUGCUUCCAGGAAGCGGCCAGAGUACAUUAAUCAGCUGAAAAAGAAGCACAAGCGAGCAAAACUUGCAAACACCGUGACGAUUGAUUCUAUUUAUGAGAAGAAUUUCUUAUCAUUGAAUAGUGUCCUUGAAACUGUUAUUGUUAACGCUUUCCUUCUUCCAGGUACAAACAUAUACAUGCUUACUUUGGGAGAUUUUUGGAGCUCUAAUACCAUUGAUCUGUAUCUCCAUCGCAGAUUUUACAAUUUGACAGAUCCUAACAAUGGGAUUCUGAAGAAAGGACGGGAGGUUUUUCUUACUGGAUGCUAUCUUCGACCUGCCUCUGGAGGAUCUGGUUCUCCACGAUUAUUGCCAUCUGAAUAUCUCGUCAUAUUGCUAGAUGAGGAUCAAGAUGAUGAUGCAAUGCUAUUAGGAGCACAAUUUUGUUCAGACUCUUUCUCUUCCAUUUCUCUUAAUGCAGUCAAUCAAGAUGUCUCUUAUUCACUAUAUGCAAGGAUUGAAUGCAUUGGGUUGCUUGAAAUUCAGGGAAACUAUGGUAGUCUACAAAGGAAACAAAUCACUCUUGUUGAUAAUGAUGGUGUCAGGUUAAAAUUCUUAUUGUGGGGCGAUCAGGUUCUUCUUUCCAAUCUUUUUAGUGUUGGAAGUAUGCUUGCUCUGGACAGACCCUUUAUAGUUAGUUCUGUUGACGCUGCUAUUGAUGCAGGGGAAGAAAUUUGUCUUGAAUAUGGUAGUGCCACACAGUUGUAUUUGGUUCCUUUCGUUCAGCAUGAGGAACAAGUAUCUGUUGCAUUGACACAAAAUCGGUAUCAAGGUUCAAAGCUGUUGAGUGAAUCAAAUCCUACUCAGGGGCUCAAAGUUUCCCAAGUUACCUUACCCUGUGGUCCUCAAGGAUCCAUUGACUUCAGUAGCUAUCCAUUUCAAACAUUUGUCGUCGAUCUUCAUGACAAGAUGACUGGCAUCACCCUAUAUGGUGUUGUUACAGACAUCAUUCGAGAACGUGGAACUGUGGAAACUUUUUUUGCCUUGAGGAUUGAGGACAACACUGGAGCAAUUUGGGCAAAGUUACACUUCAAUGAAUCUUGGGCGCUGGGGCGAUUAGGGCUUGGUCACACUGUAUAUAUAUCUGGCUUCACUUGUUCCAUGACAAGACAAAAAAGCCUUGAAGUCUUGUGGUUUGAGAAUGAUGCUGGAGCUUCAUUCAUUAACCUUAGCUGUUUGCCAGCAUUGCUGAGCUCAUCUUGUCUCCACAAAUUAUCAUGCCUUUCUGAUCUAUCUAGCCAGAGUAGCUGUACUCAUAAAUGUCGGGUUUGGCUGGAUCAAAUUGAACAUUGUCAUGUAAAUACAAGAUUCGCACAUUCUCUUUGCGGUCAUUUUGUUAGCCAAUCAUCCUGUGGGGCUGUCGAAUGCAAUUUUUGUCACCAAAGUUGUGAUGGUGAAUUAAUGCGCACAUUCCACUUGAAAAUAACCCUUGCUGAUGAGAAUGCCAAAGUUUUUGCAUGGUGUACUGGUCAGACUGCCACAGAGCUGUUCCAAAUAUCUCCUGAUGAAUUCUCCGAACUGCCUGAGGAAGAGCAAAUCAUGUAUCCAUCUUCACUUGAGAAUGAAAGGUUCACAGUUGCAUUAGUGAACAGCGGGAGGGAAGGUUAUGGACAGAGCAGCAACAGCCUGGCCGAAGAACAUGGUGAAGCUCAGUGGGAAAUCACUUGUGCACUCAAGUGCGAAUAGUACCACCGCCCCUUCACUUCACCUUCACCUUCACCUUCACCCUCGGGAUGUUUCUCCAUGGUGCUGAUAUCACACCUUCCUCCUCCAUUUUGAGCAGCACCCUAUUUAUUGCUUCUUCAUCUUCAACGGUCAUGAUCUUGUGUACAAUUGCUUUAUAUAUAGGUGUUGAUCCCUUUGGCAGAAAUAUAUAGUUGUUGACAAUCUAAUCUAGCAUUAAUAUUAUUUUCUGUAUUCCGUCUC